AUGGCAAAGCACGCAUCCGAUCUUGAACAGUUGCGCGAGAGACUGAAAGAACGAGCUGCAACUUCCAAGAAAUUCAACGAAUUAUGGGAGUCUGAAGGAUUGCCCCAUCUACGCAAGACCCUGAACGACAACUACAAUGGCGACUAUAGCAUUACCAUCCAGUUCAACUACACAGCCAGCAAGCGAAUCGUUGAGGUCAUGACGCCUGACGUACUUCCUAGCGGCGUUGAUCAAAAGGUCAAACACAACGUAAUGUUAUGUUUCGAAAAUGCACAGCAACUCAGUGUCGAAGUUCAAUUUCGUGUUGGAACCAUCAAGCAUACCGCCGCUACAACUGAUUCAAACCAAGAGGAAGACAACUGGGUCUACCCCAAAAAUCCGUCAAGCAAGUAUGCGGUGACUCUGUUGGAGUCGAAGGAGUAG